AUGCGGAAGUCACAAUCAUCCACGGAAAGUGAGAUGAGCAGUCGCAUCCUGCCAUAUGACGCCCAGCACGAAGAACUUCGCUCCGUGAUGGGGGCGCGCAAGCGCCUCCUCGUCGGAGGGCCAGCACCACCACCGGCCAAGAGAUUCGCCGCAUCACAAGCCGAAACUUCGUCAGACAGCGGUUCCGACGAAGAGGUCCCCGUACCUCAAUCUCCCGUUACCUCAUCAGCCACCCCGGCUCCUGCCACCCCUCGACUUCAACCGAUCCCCACUGUCCCUGAGGAAAAGACGGUGCCCCGUCUCAGCCCGCUUCUCAAUGGAACUUUUGUUGGCGAAUACGAGAUCAUUGGAGCCGGCCUGGAAGCUGAAGCUGUCCAUGCCCAGACCCGGGAAAUCGUCUCGGUCAAGGUUCUGAGUGACAAGGAAUACGACACGGUCGUUCGACUCGUCCAACGUCUGCUUGAAGGCCAGAAAUACUACAAUGAGCACGACUUUUUCGAUCUCAGGGAGCGUGUUUUCCCCUCCAAGUCAAAGAUGGUGGUCGAGGAGUCUGGUCGUCGUCUUCUGAUCAUGCCGGGCCAUUUGGGCUCGCUGCAUGCAUUUGCGCAUCGGAAGUCCGUUUAUAUGGCGGAGGCCGACGUGGCGCCGAUUUUUAAGGAGCUGGUCCGCCUGAUGGACUUCUGCCACACCCUCGGCAUCGUCAUCCGGGAAGUGAAGCCAAGGAAGCUUCUGUUCACUGAUGGACGUCGUAUCCAGCUGCGUUUGGCUGCGCCUUAUGAUGUCUACAUCUGUGAUGAUCCUGAAAACGAUCUGAUCACCGAGAAGUUUGGAAGCCCGGCUUACAUUCCGCCAGAGCUGCUGAGCUCAAAGUGCACUGGAUACCACGGAAAGCCGGCCGACGUUUGGGCCCUCGGAGUCGUUCUGUACCUGUUGCUGAUUGGACGCUAUCCAUUCUUCGACCAACGUCCCCUAUCCGUCUUCCAGAAGAUCAAGCGAGCUCGUAUCAUCAUCCCCCGCUUCAUCCAGCUGACCACAUGCACAUAUAACCUCAUCAUGGGCAUGCUAAGGAGAAAUCCUAUUCAUCGCCCAACAGCUGGUCAACUGGCGAUGUUCGGAUGGAAGAACACGGCUUCACCCUUCCCCACCAGGGCUUGGAUUGGACGUUGCGAAUGUCAUCCGUUGACGCCACAGAUGCAACAGAUUCGCACUCGUGCGGGCCUUCCACCAUUGCCGUUGUUGGCGAAGCAACACCUGAUCAUGAUGGGCCAUCCAGCCGCCAAUGCUCCUCUACCGCCACCCGGUCCCCAUGAGCCUGGUCUCCUCGCUGACCCCCAAUCCCGGCCCAUCCUCCCAUCUCGUGCUGUUGAGCAGGGCCGCCAGCUCGUUCUCCACCCCUUCAUGCGUGUCCAAGCGUUCACAGGUCGUUUCCCACCCAUACGGUCAUUCCCUGGCAACCCUCGCAUGUAUCUGGCCUCCCCAGCCCAUCUCCUUCAGCCAGCUUCCUUGCACACCGUGCGUGGUGUCCAAGUCACCAUCCCAACCCGUCCGGUUCGUCCGGCCAGCCCAAAAACCUCCCAGCCAUCAUCCCGGGUCGAGAAAUACCACCAUCAAGUCCGAACACGCCUUCUCAAAAUGUCCCGGGACGCC